CCUGAGAGAGCGACGAUGAUCACGUUCAUGAACAACUCGGACAGUGAGGAGGAGCCCUGCAAUGAGAGAACAUCCCUGAUGUCUGCAGAGAGCCCUCCAGUUCCCUCCUACCAGGAUGGCCUGCAGGCCUCAGAAGCAGGGGAAGCGCAGGCACAUAGGAAGAGGCGAACAGGUAGCAGCCGUAGCCCUAACGAUACUGCUGAUGGGGAUAUGUCCAACUCGGGUGUUCCAGUGCGAGAAAGCGCCUUGGAAAAUGAAGAGGAGGAACUGACUCUGAAAUAUGGAGCAAAGCAUGUAAUCAUGCUCUUUGUGCCUGUCACCCUUUGUAUGAUUGUUGUCGUCGCCACCAUAAAGUCAGUGCGCUUCUAUACGGAGAAAAACGGGCAGCUGAUCUACACCCCUUUCACUGAGGAUACCCCAUCGGUGGGCCAGCGCCUCUUGAACUCGGUGUUGAACACCAUCAUAAUGAUCAGCGUCAUCGUUGUAAUGACUGUGUUCCUAGUUCUGCUCUAUAAAUAUCGCUGCUACAAGUUCAUCCAUGGCUGGCUGAUCCUGUCCUCUUUGAUGCUGCUCUUCCUCUUCACCUACAUCUAUCUUGGUGAAGUAUUGAAGACAUAUAACGUGGCCAUGGAUUACCCUACUCUGUUCUUAGUCAUCUGGAAUUUUGGAGCUGUUGGAAUGAUUUGCAUCCACUGGAAGGGUCCCUUGCAGCUCCAGCAAGCAUAUCUCAUUAUGAUCAGUGCUCUAAUGGCACUGGCUUUCAUUAAAUAUCUACCUGAGUGGUCAGCAUGGGUGAUUCUAGGUGCAAUCUCCAUCUAUGAUCUGAUGGCUGUUCUCUGUCCCAAGGGGCCACUGAGAAUGCUGGUAGAAACUGCACAGGAGAGAAAUGAGCCCAUUUUUCCUGCAUUAAUAUAUUCCUCUGCUAUGAUAUGGACAGUUGGAAUGGCAAAGCCAGACACAGCAGCAAGAGGACGGAGUCAGCAGACGUGGGAUGCAGCUGAGGAUGGGCGAGCGAACCACGGGAGCCCCUCACACGCAGACUCUCUGAUGUCGGAAACGAGGAGUCCUGUUGGAGCACGCCCCACCGCUUCUUUAGAGGAGCUCGAGGAGGAGGAAAGGGGUGUGAAGCUGGGCCUUGGAGACUUCAUAUUUUACAGUGUGCUUGUUGGGAAAGCAGCUGCCACAGCUAGUGGGGACUGGAAUACUACGCUGGCCUGCUUCGUAGCCAUUCUCAUAGGUUUAUGCUUAACUCUUUUAUUACUGGCUGUUUUUAAGAAAGCACUGCCUGCUCUUCCCAUCUCCAUCACCUUUGGCUUGGUGUUUUACUUCUCGACGGACAACCUUGUGCGCCCGUUCAUGGACACCCUGGCCUCCCACCAGCUGUAUAUUUAGAAGAAGUGGGAGUUAGAGGAUUCUUUUGAAAGCUUUGCUGUGAAGCACGGUAUGCUGUUUGGAAUAAGUCAUAAAGUUUUACACUU